ACAGUCAUGGAGGAAAUAAUAUGGGAGCCAUUCACAGUGACCUUACACAAGGAUCCAAGAAUUGGCUUUGGUAUUGCAAUCUCUGGAGGAAGGGAUAAACCCAACCCCGCCAAUGGAGACCCAGCUAUUCUAGUGACAGAUGUUGUUCCUCAAGGACCUGCCUUUGGAAAAAUGAUGAUCAAUGACAAGAUUAUUAUGGUGAAUGGAGUUUCCAUGGAAAAUGUGACCUCGUUCUUCUCAAUCCAGACUCUGAAAAGUUGUGGAAAGGCUGUGAAUAUUAUCAUAAAGAGGUCUCGGAAGGUAGUGGUCAAUCGAGAACUACCUGCCAACUCCUAUUAUUCCAGCCAAUCCUUCCACUCGGACCCGCCGCGGAGUGACGAUGCCUCAGACGAGGACGAGGACUAUGAUCCCAACAGGAACCUGCGAAGGGCUCAGAACCAAAACCUCUACGCUGACCACCCAAAUCACAGACCUGACUAUAACCACCACAACCAUUCCCGAGAGCCCAGCAGUGAUGGAAGCUAUGACCGAGACCGGAGCUCCACACGGAGCUACGAACGAGGCCGCAGUCCGACCAGGAGCUAUGGCCGGGGACACAGUCCCACCAGAAGCUAUGACAGAGGUCGGAGUCCCUCUUGGAGUGAUGACCAGGGCCGCAGUCCCCCUCGGAGCUAUGAUCAAGGGAUAAAUCGUGCCAAGAGUUACGAUCAACUCAGUUCCAACCGCGGCUAUGAUGAAGAGCUGAGCCCUAUGCGGCGAGCGAAGAGCCACGAUCGAGGCCUGAGUCCCAGGAGGAGCGACGAUCGAGGCCACAGCUCCAGCCGGGAAUAUACCGGUGACAGAGAACGCUACCCAAAGAGGAGUCACCAUGAUGAGCUGGACCACAACAACAGCCACAGUGACCUUACCUUCAAUAAACCCAUCCAGAGUGUCCUGGUUAAACAAAAUCCAAACGAAGAAUAUGGCUUGAGGUUGGGGAGUCAGGUUUACAUUAAGCACAUGUCCCCGAGUGGCCUUGCAACAAAGGAUGGAGUCUUGCAGGAAGGAGACAUCAUACUGAAGAUUAAUGGUAUAGUGACCGAGAACAUUUCUCUCGAAGACACGAGGACCUUGAUUGAGAAGUCCGAGGGGAAACUAGCCCUCCUGGUGCUGCGGGAUAAAGAACAAUUUCUGGUCAAUAUUCCUGAGCUAGCUGACAGCGAUGAGCACAGUUCUGGGCUUGAGGAUAUUUCAGACUUGGAGCCUGACCCCUUGGAUUCCCCGGACGAGCGCAGGAGAAAACCGGUCGAGCGAAAUCCUGAGAGGGAGACCAAGAACAAUGAACGCCUGAAAACCAACAAAGCGGACGUGGUGGACAAGCCCACAGCCAUUGAACCUCUUCCCGGGCUGAGCUCAGUCAGUGAAGAUCCAAUUUACUCUCUCCCGGUAAAGCCUUCAUUCACAAAACUGAAAGAUGAAUAUAAUGCUGGCUACAGCCCUGACAUGAAGAUGGCGAGGUUCACCAAGGAUGACAGUGUUGGCCUCCAACUGGCAGGAGGCAAUGAUGUGGGGAUAUUUGUAUCAGGAGUUCAGGAUGGAAGCCCUGCUGGAAAGCAAGGCAUCCAGAAAGGAGAUCAGAUUCUUAAAGUGAACAACGUCAACUUUCAAAACCUCACACGUGAGGAAGCUAUCCUUUUUCUGCUGGACAUACCGAGAGGUGAACAAAUGGAAAUUCUGGCUCAGAGCAAACAGGACAUUUAUACGAAGAUGAUGCAGUCCAAUGUAGGAGAUUCCUUCCACAUCCGAGCGCACUUUGAACAUGAGGCCGAUGAGCCACGUGGGUUGACCUUUUCGGGAGAGGUUUUCCGGGUGGUGGACACCAUGUUCAAGGGCAAGCUGGGAACCUGGCUCGCCGUGAGAAUCGGACACGACCUGAAAGAGCAGGACAGAGGCACUAUCCCCAACAAGAGCAGAGCGGAGCAAAUUGUCAGGGUGGGGAUGACUCAGAAAAUAGCCUCCUCGAACUCUUCGACAGGACCGAGGGCAGAAUUCUGGAAGAUGCGCGGGCUGAGGGGCGCCAAGAAAAACCUGCGAAAGAGCAGAGACGACCUUUCAAACCUCACCAUCCAAAGCAGAUUCCCACCGUAUGAACACGUGGCUCUGAGAGAAGCAAGUUUUAAACGGCCGAUAGUUAUUCUCGGACCAAUUUCAGAUGUUGCCAUACAGACCCUGGCCGACGACCUUCCCAUCAAGUUCGAGCUCGCUCAAACGGUGCGGAGAAACCCUGAUGCUGACUACUCAUCAUCCAUUAUUAAGCUUGAGACGGUCAAGUUUAUAGCUCAGAAGGACAAGCACGGCUUGCUGGACAUCACACCGCCAGCCAUCGAGCGGCUCAAUUACGUCAAGUGGUACCCCAUUGUGGUUUUCUUCAACCCAGAGAACCGUCAGGAAGUGAAAGCCGUCCGUCAGCGUCUGUGCCCUGAGUCCAAGAAAAGUUCUAAGAGACUCUACACUCAGGCAGUGAAACUCAGGAAACACUGGUCUCACCUCUUCACAGCCACAAUAAACCUAAACUCGGCUCCUGCGACGUGGUUCUCAAAUCUAGCCUCGGUGAUCAAGGAACAGCAGUCUCACCCUGUCUGGUUUUCCGAAGAAAAGACCGAGGAAGGAGGCAACGAGGAGCUGGAGAUACUGAAGCCCAGCAUCAGCAUGGAUUACCUGAGCUGUGACGACAGCCGAAUGACCAGCGAUUACGAGGACACGGACGCUGAGGGCGGUGGGUACACCGACAACGAGCUCGACGAUUACAUGGGCGUACCCGCCAUCUCCAGGUCCUCUGAGCCCGUGAGGAACGAAGCCCACCACAGCCCCGUCCCCCACACCAGGGUUUCAACAGAAAACUUGUUGGCACAGGUACAGCCACGGGGACAGUACAAGAACCCCCAGUAUCCACGAUCUGACAAAUGGGACCACAGGACACAUCACAACCAUGGGAGAACCAACUACAGCUCGGACGAAGAUGAUUGGAAUGGUCCAGCGACUGAACUGUGAAAGAAACUACAUCAGGUGGCGAAACACAGAACCUCUCACAUCUCCAACCACUCGCCAAAUGUGACUGUAAUUCAAAAUAAGGGAAUCAAUAUAAUUCCACAUGGCAAAGUACUAUAUCUCAGGUGUAAAUCUCUUAUGGUUGUCUGUUUUGCUGAAUGGAAGAUUUUAGCUGCUAAGAUUCUUUGUGCAUUCCAGGAAUAUAAACAUCUCGUUCCAAUUAGUUCAUAUCUGGAGAGUAAAUAUCACUUCUUUACGGGAAUUCACAUAAUCUCAAUUUCUGAGAGGUGAAGUGAUUGAAGAACAUCAUAAACAGUGACUAACACGGACCCUGAAACUCCCUCUAACCCAAGGCCAUAGAUCAGAAGAUUAACCUUUCUCACCUUCAAUGUGGACCUGUUUCCCAGACCAGAUGUAUUAUUGUGCGUACAAAACCAACAUAAUUUAGCUUGACUGUUUACCAAUUAUCAGUGGGCCUUUGUCAGACUCAUUGCAACUUUCUCUCUCUCUCUGUGCUACUUCAGCUCACAACCCGAAGAAACAAAAAAAAAACAAUACAGUCAGCAACUCCUUUCAAAAUCACCUCCAAAUACUGACCACCUUUUACUCAUUAUGUGGGCAAGUAGCUUGGAUGCCACAAAAGUGCAUAGCAGCUCAGAGCUGUACUGCUCAGGUUAAUAGGCAGCAUAAACUGAAACGUCAAUUUCGUUAAUGGGCUGUCUCUAUGUAGGUAGGGAGAGGGUUGUACUUUUAAUAUAGAAAUGAGCAACAUCUUGUUAUGUAAUAUACAUUUGUGGAGUCCUGUAGCUCAGUGGUUAGAGCACUCGCUUUGCAAGUGAGAGACCUGAGUUCAAUUCCAGGCAGAGGGCCAAACCUUGGGCAAGUUUCCUUACUCCACACAGAGCCUAAUAAUAAUCCCUCCAAAACCAAAAACAAUAAUUAAAUUGAAAAUCAUUUUCAAUCUACGACUGUUUGUGGGACAUUGCUGUGCGCAAUUGGCUGCCGUGUUCGCCCACAAAUAUACAGUCAAUUCACUUUACAGUGUGUUCUGUGAAGCGCUUUGGGACGUCCUCCCGACGUGAAAAGCGCUAUAUCAAAUGCAAGGAUUAUUAUUAUUAUAAACUGGAAGGGUGAUGUGAUACUCCAGCUGGGGAGUAAGAAUGGUGGUAGUUUCUUUUGGUAAACAGUUACUGUGUUCAACCAAAACUAUAUGCUAAGUGAUUUUGUAAGAUUAUCAAUGUAUUUCAAUAAAAUACUGUACAUUUUUAGAAAA